AUGGCCAGCAUCAAUAUCAAUACUGUUAACAUUGAGUAACAGGGUUUCUGCUUAUGUUGUAAAUAACUGACUGCUAAUGGAACUAUUCUGUAAAUUUAGAAUUUUAGCGAUUCUCUCUAUACUUAACUCCAAGAAAACAGUUGGCGUAAAUCAGGCCAAUUAUUCUAUCAUUCUAAUCCUAAAAGUUGUUGCCAACAAAUUGUAUGCAAAGUACCUGUUUGUUAAUACAGUUCAUCUAAAAAAUGUUUGAAAGCUUUAAAGUAUUAUAUUUUAAAUACUCUUAGAAAGUUAACUUAAGAAUGUUUCGAUUCUGAACCAAUUAAACAAUCCAUAUAUAGCAACCUUUUACAAUAUGUUGAUAUUUAACGUCCUGCUCAAGAGACUUUAUAAACUAAAAAAGCUUUCCAAAACUUUUUACUAUCAUUAUCCUAACGUUUGCAAUUUACUUCUUUAAAUAAAAAUGGGUUUCGAGAACAUUCACAUGAUUUAUUAAAAUAACAUGUAUUAUCGUUGAAUAAUGAAUUACAUAUGUAGGUAAAGGUAGAUAAAAAAAAUUAUUUACAUUUUAAAUGGCCCAGUGAUUUUGUUGCUUUGUUAAAAAAACAAAAAAGAAGCAAUUUAGUUAUAGUUACUAAAUAAACAAUAUAUGACGAAGAAGCUCAUCAUUUAUUCAAUGAAAAUUAUUUUCAAGUUUCAAAGCAUAGUUAUGAAAAAAUGUUUUGUGAUUCCUCAUCUAAUAUGAUUAAAUAUUAUUGUGAUUCUUAACUUUCAGCUGUAAGUUAUGUUGAAUUUAGAUCAAAUUCAUUGCAUAGAUUGAGUUUCCAUUAUACUUAACAAAUCAAAGAAAUUAAUAGAAUUGCUAUAGAUUAUGAAAUAAAAUGGGCAUAGUAAUUAAAUCUAAAUAAUUAUUAUUAUAUCAAAACAGGUUAGAAUAUAGAAAAUUAAAAUAAAGUUAUCAAUGAUGAAAUCAUAGAUGAAAAUUAUCCAAUAUUUAAAGGAUCAAAAAUGAUUCAGAUCAAACAACUAAGAUCUAUUUAUUAAAAAUAUCUUAUCGAAUUACUUACUAAAAUGAAUUCGAUUAUGGGUCCAUAGUUAUUUAAACUUUUUAUAUUUAAAUAUGAAUGA